UUUCCACCCUCAGCGCCCGAUACUCGCCCUCAGCCCAGCCCAGGAGGGCCAGGCCCCCCGUCUGUCCCCAUCCCCACCGCGGCCACAGGCCCUUGAGAUCAGCCCUCCCCACUUUCUCGGCCCAGGCCGGCCCUGGGGCCCGAAGCCCACCCACCAACGCCUGUGGCAGCCGCGCUUGCCCUCUGGUCCGUGGUAGUGUUGGUUACCAUGGUGAAGCUGGCGGCCAAGUGCAUCCUGGCAGGAGACCCAACGGUGGGCAAGACCGCCCUGGCACAGAUCUUCCGCAGCGACGGGGCCCAUUUCCAGAAGAACUACACCCUGACAACAGGGGUGGAUUUGGUGGUGAAGACGGUGCCAGUUCCUGACACGGGCGACAGUGUGGAGCUCUUCAUUUUCGACUCUGCCGGCAAGGAGCUGUUUUCCGAAAUGCUGCAUAAACUGUGGGAGAGUCCCAAUGUCUUAUGUCUCGUCUAUGAUGUGACCAGUGAGCAGUCCUUCAACAACUGCGGCAAGUGGCUGGAGAAGGCACGGUCACAGCUUCCAGGUACCUCCCUCCCAGGUGUUUUAGUGGGGAACAAAGCAGACCUGGCCGGCAGGCGAGCGGUGGACUCAGCUGAGGCCCAGGCGUGGGCGCUGGGCCAAGGCCUGGAGUAUUUUGAAACCUCCGUGAAGGAGAUGGAGAACUAUGAAGCCCCUUUCCACUGCCUGGCCAAGCAGUUCCACCACCUGUACCGGGAGAAGGUGGAGGUUUUCCACGCGUUGGUGUGAGGGGUGAGUGGAUUGUUCCGCACGAUGGAGCAGCGAGUGCCGCGAUCCUGGCAGUGGGCUCCGUCUCCUUGGAAGGGGAGAGAAGAUGGAAUUGCCUCUGUACUUCCAAUAUAUCAUGACGGCUUUAAAUAAAAUUAGGAGAAAAUGUAGAAGCAGCAGCUCCUUCCGUUCUUGGCCAGGGCAGCCCUGGUUCCGUUUUGCACUUUGGCUGCGCUGAUGCCGUGGGCUCCAGAGCAGCCCGGGAGCCCCUCUGGGAACCCUGGCAGUCCUCCCUCCUGUGGUGCGCUCGUGCCUCAGUUCCCCGCCUUGCUAGAGCCGGUGUUCCUGCCCACCCCCCACCCCAGCGACUGAGUGUGCAGGGCUCCCUGAAGGGCCUUCCGCUGAGAAAGCAAACCCCACGCUGGGUUUGGAAGGGGCUUGGACCAGCUUGUGAGUUCCUGUUAAAAUGCUCAGCUUGGAACUUGCCCCCGAGCUGACAUGGGGCGGAUGGCCUCGCCUAUUCUAACCAUUCAGUUUUGCUGCCUGCUCCAGGGCACCCAGAUGCCAGAGCUCCCUUGAGGUGGCUAUUGUCACCGACAAAACAGUGCCCUCUGCCGGCCUGCCCUGGCGCCUGUCUCAGUGGAGGGCCAGCCUCUCCCAGCUGCCGGGAACCUGAGCGUGCAGGGAGCCAGAGCCCGGCCACUUCCCUUUAAUGAGCCGCCUCUCAGGGAGCCGGGCAGCAUCAUCCUUCUCUGCACUGAGCUGGACUGUUUUCCAUCCUGUCUCUGCUGCCAGAUUAAUCUUCCUAAAACACCAGUCUCGUCGUCUCACUCCCCUGAUUAAAGACCACAGAGGUUCCUCGUUGCCUUUUACAUCAGCCUACGCUGCAGUCUGGCAUCCACGGCCUUCUCUGACUGUCACCUCCGGCGCGGGGGGCGGUCUUGGCUUCUUUCAGCCCCCGGGCCCAGAGGGCUUCACCACCCUGGGGUGGGGGGACGUCGUGCAGAGAUUACCGGCUUUAGGGUGGACAGACCUAGAUUUGUCCCGAUGAUAAUGACAAUGAUGGAAAUUACUCUGGUUCCUGUUUGUGACCUGCCAUGUCUCUACAUGAGCUAAGCAUAUUACAUGUAUUAGUUAAUUUAGUCCUUACGAUGUAGAGUCUGUUGUCAUCCCACUUUUAUAAAUGAGGAGCUGGAGUCAGAGAGUUUCUAAGAACUGCAGCCAAGGGGUGGCAGAGCCAGGAUCAUGGAUGCUUCCACCACCUUCCGAGCUUGGCCAGGAGCAGGUGGACGCUAGCCUGCCUCUCAAGGUCAUCGUGAAAAGUGAAAUAAUGGGUGUUCGGGCAUCCGGGCACAUGACAUCAGCCAAGGUUGGGCCCUUGCGUCCCCCUUCCUCUUCUGUCACUCAGCAUGAAGCCGCAUGGCCACAGCAGUCUUCCUGCUGCGUCACUCCUUCAGGAAACAGGGCCUGCGAUGCGCCGGCAACACCAAGCUGCUGUCCUCGUGUCACGUGCUCCAGAAGGGAGGCCCACCGUAACCAAGGGGACAUGGAGGGAUGCAUUUCCAGUUGCCCCAGAACUGGUUACUGCGGCCCACAGCUGUGGGCAAGGAGAUGCUAACUCAACCACUUCCUAAAGAGGUCACGAAAAGUUAAGGCCAGGCCCUUCCCUGUGGCCUGGCAGAAGCGGCAGCAUUGGCCUGGCUGCCGUGAGCCCACCCCAGCCCCUCGGCUCCCUGCCCCUCCCUCUGUGCAAGACUGGAGUGGUGCAGAGAGAAAGGACCGAGGGUGGCCAGUGUUGGUGAGUGGGCGCCCCUCCCUGCCCCACUUUCCCCUGCCCCCAGAACCAAGCGAAGGAGGCCCCAAGAGAAUCCUGGGACCGAGGAUGCUGCCAAGGAGAGGAGGCUGGCACUGCACACCCCAGCCGGAUGCUUGCUGAGCUGCAGGAACCUGGUGCCAACUGCAGGCACAGGGUGGUGAGGGUGUCCUUGGGGUGCUCAGCACACAUCCCUGGAGUCGUGCCUGGCUCCCUCUGGGGUGAUCCCGCGGGGAGAGGCUUGGGGAGGAGCCUGCACUAGCAGCGGGAGGCAGGGGCUGUAUGUGGAAGGGUGGCAAGCACACGCUCCCCAAGGGGGCUCCUGCAGGACACGUGGGAGGAGUCGUGCGGCCACACAGGCGCUGGGCAGGGAGCUGCCUCCCUCCUGGAAGAGGACAGGGGCCUGAAGGCGGAUGUGGCCGCCCGCGUCUGAAGAGACCCCAGCAAAGGAGGAGGCUCAGCCGCGAACAACCAGGCACCGUCUCCACAGAGGUGGCGGCAGAUGGAACCAGGCGAGGGGCGGGCCUGUGAGGGAACCUGCGGCUCAUCCCCGGGCCCUCUGCUCCAGGAGAGAAAGAGAAAAAGAUCUUGCUCCUCUCCCCACCCUUCUGGAAAAGAGGUUUGAAUAAAGACUAGGAGUUUUGAA